AUGUCGCAUAUUUCCGAAGAAGAAGCAUCACCCGGACCGGUUCCCGACUCCGGAACUGCUUCAGCCCGCACGGCAUCGCCAAUUCCAGUUGUUCAAAACUCAGCAGAAGAACAGGAACUCGACUCUGGCAAUUUAGCUGAUUUGUUCAACCGUGAAGAUGCCCGAAGACCAGAGCUGAAUCGAAAGACUCGGUCUUGUUUCAUUGGAAACGACCUUUCCAAUUGCCACUACCUUGUUCGCCAGAAGUCUCCCAAUACUGGCAGCAAUGGAACAUAUCAUCUUGGUACAAGACAGUUUCAUCAUAAAGACACUUCAUACGACUUGCACCGUGUAGUGCCCGAUAUCCUUGAGCUUCCAGAUAAAAAGCUGGCGGAUACUUUGGUACAGACAUAUUUUGACCACAUUAACUGUUGCUGGCCUAUCAUCGAUGAGGAAUGGUUCAUGGCUCAGUACGAACACAAAGAUCCUCAAGGUCCUCCGCCCCUAGCGCUCUUGAAUGCAGUCUGUCUUGUUGGGGCUCAUGUUUUAGCAUCGCAUAGACCUGGCAUGAAAUCGUUACAGUCGAUGUUCUUCCACAGGGCGAAGACCUUGGUGGAAUGCCGACAUGAGCAGGAUCGUGUUGUAUAUGUUCAAGUAGCUCUCCUGCUGACGUGGUAUUCGGACGGCCUCGAAGAAAUCGUGGCUAAUGCCUGGCACUGGAUCGGGUUUGCUACAAGGACAGCUAUAGCCUUGGGUAUGCAUCGAGACGUCACCAAUUCUAACAUGCAGCCGGUCUACAAGCGCACUUACACACGGCUGUGGUGGGUUUUGUUCCAAUUCGACACUAUUGCCUCAGCAUCCUCUGGCCGACCGCAAGUCAUGAACUUGGAGGACUCCGAUGUACCAGAGCUGCAACAUUCCCAUUUCGAAGGCACACCCAGAGCAGAUGCCGAUUUUGCGAUCCAUCAAUCCAAGCUUUGUACCAUAAUCUCCCGGACAAUAAGGAAAGGAUGGGCACUGCGCUCCUCAGUUGAAAGUCGAAUAGAGGCUAUUCAAGAGGCAGACAAAGCCUUAGCCGAGUUUAUGCUUCAGCUCCCUGUACAUAUGCAUCUAAGGCAUUCAAAUCUUAAUAACCGGCAAGCUACUCUGCACCUCACGUAUAACAAUUUUAUUCUUCUUCUUCAUCGACCCGCGCCAAGCCUGCGCACGAUUGGACCUCAUGACGAUCCCGUUCUCUGCGGAGAUGCGAUAGCCGAAAUUAGUUCAAUUUUCGAAACCUUACUUUCCCAAGAGUCUCUUCCCUCAAUGUGGUUUUAUAGCAAUCACGUCUUAUUCACGGCUAUAAUCUACGCUAUGGAUGGGUUUGGUUCUCAUAAGCCACUUACAGCGGUCAAGUCGCGCCGUCUUUCGAAAAGCCUCUUGUGUUCUCUCCGGGGAUUAUCGGCGUGCUGGCGUUUCGCACAUAGUUUGUUGCAGUUGUUUGAAGAGCGACUCGCCAGGCUAGAACGGGGUGGCAACGGAAAGACCAGACCGAGCGCAUCAGCUCCUCAGGGUGCGGCAGAUCUCGGGGAGCAGUCCAGAGAGGCAUCGAUUUCUAAAACAACUUGGAACCCCCAGGCAAGACAGACGACGCUAGAUUGGAGUAACAUGGAACACCAAGUUCCUGGUGAAGUUGAAUCCGGAUUUGUCAACUCUCAGUUCAGCAACCCUACAAUAACUCUAGAUCCGCUGGCAGAUGAUCAGACCCCACAAGUGAAUGGUGGUGCCAUUCUAGACGGUUUGUCUCUGUUUGACGAUUUUACAUUGGAAUUUCUUCUCGGCGAAACGAAUGGAGACGGCGGGUUUUUUAUGUAA